AUGAAAGCUAUAUCAGCGGUUUUUAUUUUGUUAGUUGUCACUGUAGCUGCAUACGAUGAUCAGUGUCCACCGGAACAGGAGCAUGACUGGUCUAUAGAAAAGCUACUUCGGCAUGAGGACUGUAAUAAAUUCUACAAGUGUACCUUUGGAGUACCCGUAGAAAUGACAUGUCCUAAUGACUUAUUUUUCAAUCUGGAAUUAUGGCAAUGUGAUUGGCAACAUAAUGUGAAUUGCACAGGUAGAGUUAUUCCGGAUGAAUUUACUACUACCACAAGAGAGCCAGCACCAACAACAACGACAACCACCACGCCAGCACCAACAACAACGACACCCACCACACCAGCACCAACAACAACGACAACCACCACGCCAGCACCAACAACAACGACAACUACCACGCCAGCACCAACAACAACAACAACCACCACACCAGCACCAACAACAACAACCACCACGCCAGCACCAACAACAACGACAACCACAACCCCAGCGCCCACAACAACAACCACAACGACGACAACUACUACACCAGCUCCUACAACAACGACUACUACAACAACGACACCGGCACCUACAACAACGACAACAACAACUACCACACCGGCACCCACAACAACAACUACUACUACACCAGCACCUACAACAACCACUACGACGACACAAGCACCUACAACGUCGUCCACAACGCAGGGACCAACUACGCCAGAUUUCAAUUCCAACGGUUGUCCAGUUAAUCCACAUAUUCACUGGCUGCUUCCACAUGAAGAGGAUUGUAAUCUUUUCUACUACUGUGUUUGGGGUGAAAAAGUAUUAAGGCAGUGUCCAAUUACUACGUAUUUCAACAGAAUUCUCCAGGUUUGUGACUGGCCUUACAGAGCUGGAUGUGUCAACUCUUUCAGCAAACACGUG